AUGCGCGGGUGCGGGAGUGACAGCGGCCAAGUGGUGGCGGUGCCCGCGGCCCUGGAGGCGGGCGCAGCGGAGCCCAGCGCGGGGGGACCGGCCCUGGUUCCCCCGGGGCGGCGCCUCCCGGAGGCCCGGCCCAGCGCAGAGACCACGCAGCUCCGGGGGCGCCCGUCCGCGUUGUCGGUGGGGAGGCUGAAGAAGCGGUUACUCAAAGCCAGCCAGCUAAUUAGUGAAAAAAUAAAUGGCAUUGAAGGCACGAAACUAGAUGACCACUUUAUUGACAUGGAAAGGAAAAUAUAUAACACCAAUAAAGCUGUUACAGAAAUUCGUUUGAAAGCCACAGAAUACAUUCAGCCCAAUCCAGUAUACAGAGCGAAGCUGGGCAUGCUGAGCACGGUGUCGAAGAUCCACAAUCAGGGGAAGGCCUUGGAGUUACCGCAGCCGGAGGGCCUGCUGGGCAACUGCAUGCUCAAGUACGGCCACGAGCUGGGCGAGGACUCCAGCUUCGGCGGCGCGCUGAUCGAUAUGGGCAAGGCCAUGAAGCUGAUGGCGGAGGUGAAAGAAUCCUUUGAUAUUAACGUCAAGGAAACCUUUAUCGACCCACUCCAGUUAGUACACGAUGAAGAUUUAAGAGAGAUUGCACACCACUUGAAGAGGCUGGAGGGCCGCCGCCUGGACUACGAUUAUAAGAGGAGGCGCGUCGGAAAGAUCCCCGACGACGAGAUCACACAAGCAAUGGAAAAGUUCGAGGAGUCCAAGGACAUGGCAGAGAGAAGCAUGUUUAAUUUUUUAGAAAAUGACGUAGAGCAAGUCGGCCAGUUGGCCCAGUUUGUCCAGGCGGCUCUCGACUAUCACCAGCAGUCGGCCGACAUCCUGCAGCUGCUGCAGAGGAAGCUGCGUGUACGAAUCGCGGCCGCCUCCUCUCUGAGCAGAAAUAACUUCAGGCCACGGCCCCUGAGAAGGUGUCCCUGCGCACUCAACAUGUCCGCCGCCUCCUCGUCCAGGUCGAAAGGAUGUUGGCAUGAAAUGGACCAGGCGGAGACCUGUUCUGAGGAGAGUGGAUCUGUACAAGUGGAUGCAAAAGUUAUGGCUUCUAAGAGCUCCAGCAUCCCAGAGGACCCAUCUCUGUAAGCGGUGUUUCUCGGUGUUAAAAGAUAUUCUGCACCUGACUGAGUCACAAGCAGCAUACUCUGAGCAUAAAGCCUUCUUCAAUGA